AUGGUCCUUACGGUCCAUCACCUCGGCCGUUCCCAAUCCGAACGCAUAGUCUGGCUCUGCGAAGAACUUGGCCUUGACUACCGACUCAAAGUCUACGACCGCUCUCCCCUGCUCGCACCACCGGAACUCAAGAAACUGCACCCAUUGGAGACCGCACCCAUCAUCACGGAUGGCGACGUCACGCUCGCCGAGUCUGGGGCGAUCAUGGAAUACACACUUGUGAAAUAUGGCGAGGGAAAAUUAGUGGUAGGGCCGGAGGAGAAGAAUUAUGCGGAUUAUCUAUACUGGUUGCACUUUGCAAAUGGCACGCUGCAGCUCUCGGUGAGCAGGAAUAUGUUUUUGCGAAUGGCGCAGUUGCCUGCCGAGAAUCAGGUCAUGGGAGCGGCGGUGUCAAGACGAGAGCAUGCUAUUGGUCUCAUCAAUGACAGGCUAAAGGACAAUGAGUGGUUGGCGGGGAAAGAGUUCACUGCUGCCGAUAUCAUGACGGUGGUAAGCUUGACGACGAUGAGGCUGUUUAUGCCGUACAGUUUGGAAUCGUAUCCGAAUGUAAUUGCGUAUCUGAAAAGAGUGGGCGCGAGGGAGGGGUACAAGAGGGCGAUGGCGAAGGGGGAUCCAGGGUUGGCACCUGUGCUUGGUGCUGAGGCGCCGAAAUCAUUAAUGUGA